AUGAACAUUUUUGAUAUUCUAAACUCUUAAUAUGUUAGUUAAGCUUAAUAUGAUACGAUUAUUUUCUAGUAAAAGGCUUACUAACAAUAUUAUUCUUAGUUAUAAAGUGAUCCAAACAAAAUUGCUGAUAUAUGGCCAAUUGUAAAAUAAGCAGGAAUAUUAGACAUCUGUUAUGAGAAUUAUAAAUGUAUAUUUUCAUUAUAUAAUGAAUAGAUUUUGCGAAAGAAAACAAACUUUUUUCAUUAGAGCCAAUAUAGAAAUUGAUUAAUAGUGCAUUUGAAGAAGAAGGAAAAAUUGAUUAUAUGUCAGAUUUCAUUAAAUUUAUGGAAAUCAAAUAAGAUAAUAGAUUAUUUGAUUAAGUUAAUAUGGUUGUUGAGAAAUAUGAACUUGAAUACGAUAUAUAGGAAAGGCUUAAAUAAUUAAAUAAUUUGAAUUUCAAAGAGCAAUAUUAAACUAUUACUAUAGAGUUAUUAAAAUUAUAUGCAGAAAAAAUAUAUUCAGAAGAAGGGUUUUUAAAUGGUUUAUUAGAAUUUGGAGCAGCUCUGGAAUCAAUAGAAUCAUUAGCUAAAAAUAUUAUUCAAUAGGUUCAUUCAGAUAGAACUAUUAAAAAUAUGUUCGAAGCUGUUCUAUAUUAUCCUGAUACUAGUGAUCAUCUCCAUGAAUUUAAAUAGAGUAUGGAAGUUACUAAAAUGUAUGCUAAUAUGGAUUAAUGUUUAUAAUAAUAAAUGAAAAAAAGAUUAUUAAUCUCAGGAGUGAAUACUGAUACGAUUCUUAAAUUUUAUGUGAAUUUACUAAAAGUUUUAUAGUUUGUAGAUUCAGAUUAUAUGGUAUUUGAUAAAGUUACUAAACCAAUUAAAGAAUAUUUAUUAUAAAGAUCUGAUUUUUUAAGAUGUAUAAUAGGAAUCUUAACUUAAUAAAAUUAUUCAACUGAUAAAGUUAUGAUAUUUGAAUAAUAAGAAUCUUCUGAUGAAGAAACAUCUUAAGAAAAAGAUUUAACAAGUGUUUUAGUUAGUUUAUAUGGAUCAUAAGAAGCCUUUAUAAGUGAAUAUUAGAAUAUGGUUGCUGAAAAAAUAUUGACACCAAAAGAAUUCUCAUUAGAAUAAGAAAUUGCUAAUAUUGAAUUAAUGAAAAUUCGAUUUGGUGAACAAUCUAUGAAUACAUGUAGUAUUAUGAUGAAAGAUAUUUAUGAAAGUAAACGUAUUGAUACUAAUAUUUAAUCAUUAUCAUCUUAAUUCUCUAUGUUAAAACCACUUUUUUUAAGUAAAACAUUUUGGCCUAUAAGUUAUGAAUUUAAACCUACUUUUAAAUUACCACCAUCUAUUGAAUAAUUAUUUAAUGAUUAUUAAAAAAGAUUUGAAAAAAUAAAAACUAUGCGUUCUUUAUUAUGGCAUCAUGAUUUAGGUAGUGUUACUUUAGAUUUAACUUUUGAAAAUGGUGAUUUUUAAUUUAAAUGUUUACCUAUACAUGCUUGUAUAAUUGGGUAUUUUAAUGACGAUGAUUCUAAAGGAUUGAACAGUGAUGUCUUAGCAUAAUAAUUAUAAAUGAACCAUGAAGAUUUGAAAAGAAGAAUGCAAUUCUGGAUUUAAAAAGGAGUUAUUAGAGAAUAAAAAGGUGAUAACGAUGUCAUAUCAUAUAAAGCUGUAAAAAUAUAUAUUCCUUAAUGUAUUAUUAUUUAUUUAUUCAAGCUUGUGAUGAUUUAUUAAUUGAAGAAAUACCUGAAGAUUUAUUUGUCUCUUCAACUAACUUUUUAUAGUCUAAUUAACUCAUUCAAUAAAUUUCUCAUAAUUUAAUUGAAUUAUUAAAAUAAACUGGUACUCUCAAAAUUGAAAAAAUUGUUUAAUUGUUUAAAACCACAUUCAAAAGUGAAUUUUCGACUCCUGUUACAGAAAACAAUAUUAAAGAAGCCAUUAAAAUAUUAAUUCAAAAAGGAAAACUGUAAGGAUCAGAAUACAUUGAAUUAAAAUAGUGA